AUGAAAGGUUUGGUGAUUCUGCUGAGGAAGAGUCGGCCUCAUUCUAAGCUGUUCCUAAUAGAUUUGGCUGGUUCCGAAAGGGCGUCCAAUACAAACAAUCGCGGACUACGUUUUAAAGAAGGGGCUGCGAUCAAUCGGUCAUUGCUUGCUCUUGGAAACGUCAUUAAUUCGCUUAGUUCUAGGAAGUACGUCAACUAUCGAGACAGCAAGCUGACGAGGCUGCUAAAGGAUUCUCUAGGUGGGAACGCCCGAACUUGUAUGAUUGCUCACGUCACUGCAGCCAGUGGGCACUACGAAGAAACCUACAAUACCUUGGUUUACGCGGCAAGAGCGAUGAAUAUUACAAAUAAGGUGACGAUGAAUCGUCCAGCGUCAGCGGAUCAACCACACGCAGUUGCUAUGAAAGAAAUGCGCCGCAUAUAUGAGCAGAGAAAGAUUCCUCAUGCCGCGUCUACAAACCAAAUUGACAAGGGAAAUCCGAAGGAACGAUAUCGAAGUGGAGUAAGAUGGAACGGAAGUAUAAGCACAUCAAUCGGAAGCAUAAAGAGUAGGCGACCAGAAGUCCUGAAUGGCAAGCGAGACUUUUUGACUUUAUUUAACCAGCUGAAAGAACAGUACAUGGCACUUUCCGACAAGCAGCGGAAACUUCGGGAACGUCUUAUGGAAGCAAAUCAAGGUGCCUAUGAAGUGGAGUUGAGUCGGACAUCUAAGCUAGCUAUUAUAAACGCAUGGGAGAAGCAUAACGAAGCUGAUAAAGCUGUAGAAAGUAUAAACCGGUUGAAGAGGGACGUUGCUGAAUUGGAUAAACGUCUCAAUGGAAUGGUCGAUGUUCGGCAGAAGCUUGAAAAAGCGCUUCGCAAAGGGCAGGAAACCGCGAAGAAGGUCGAGACGAGAUUGCGAUCGUUGGCACAAUCCAAAGAACAAAAGGAAUUAAUUGAUCUUGUUGUACGAAUAGAUACCAUGCAAGCCGAAAGGAUUUCUGCAGUCAACGAUCUCGCAAUACAGUCCAUGAUCAUGCAAAGAACGGACAAUUCUAUUUCCAAACUGAGCAGAUAUGAAACGAUUGCUGAAAGGUUGAUUGAAGGCGAUCUAGACGAUAAAAACCGCGAACAGCUUGAACAGGAAUAUAGAAUUGUGAAGAACCAAUUCCACUACUACCUGAUACCACUGAAGAACAUCCAGACAGUUGUUUCAUGGAAUUCACUGCUUUUGCCGAAGCUGAACUCGUCCCCUCCAACAUCCGAAGAAGCACAAGGAACGGAAAGUCGACGAGUGAAGAAACGAGAAUUAGUGCGGCUUCCUUUUAUCGCAAAAGGCCAAGAAAUCGAAAAAAACUGUGAAACAGACUUACACGACGACAGAAGUAGGAUUGCAGAUUUUUCUUGUAAAAAUAUGGUAUAA